UCGACGCUGACGGAGCGAACGUGUAAUUGGUUCAUCCACGUGUCAGUCACUUGUUUAGCCCCGCCCCCAGCUGGCUCCAGUCGACUGACGAAAGCACGAGCACAGGUGCACAAGCUGGGAGCUGCAUCCAAACUACAGCAAAUAAACGUCCUGUUAAGAUGGCCUCAGCAAAUGAUGUUCGAUAUGGACAAAAAGAGUCUGCGGAUCAAAACUUUGACUACAUGUUUAAGAUCCUGAUCAUUGGUAACAGCAGUGUUGGCAAAACCAGUUUCCUGUUCCGCUAUGCUGAUGACUCCUUCACACCCGCUUUCGUCAGCACUGUCGGCAUAGACUUCAAAGUGAAGACCAUCUACCGGAACGACAAGAGGAUAAAGCUUCAAAUAUGGGACACUGCUGGGCAGGAAAGGUACAGGACCAUCACCACAGCGUACUAUCGUGGAGCAAUGGGCUUCAUUCUGAUGUAUGACAUCACCAACCAGGAUUCCUUUAAUGCCGUUCAGGACUGGUCCACACAGAUUAAGACAUAUUCGUGGGACAAUGCUCAAGUGGUGCUGGUGGGAAAUAAGUGUGACAUGGAAGACGAGAGAGUGGUUGCUUCAGAGAGAGGAAGACAGCUGUCUGAUCAGCUAGGCUUUGAGUUUUUUGAGGCCAGUGCCAAGGACAACAUUAACGUGAAGCAGACAUUUGAGCGACUGGUGGACAUAAUCUGUGAGAGGAUGUCUGAGAACCUGGAGUCGGGGGAUCCGUCCGUCACUGGACAAAAGCAGGGCCAUCAGCUCAAUGAGCAGCCGCAGCGCUCCCACAAAGACUGUGCUUGCUAAGGGUCGCUCUCAACCUCUCCACCAUUCCCCGCAGACUGAACAAUGGACCGCUCUAUGAAAGAAGGCUUUGGUAAGAGAAGCGCUGAUGGGAUGCUGCUGAGAGCCUGUCCUCUCUCUAUCACAUUUGUGAGGUUGACAUCAGUGCAUUUUUAUUUCUCUUAUAUUGGUAUUGGUAACCAGUGCUCCUCUCAUCUCUUUAAGAAUUUGACAGCAUAGUACUUUUUGACUUUGGGGUCAGAUUAAUUCCAGCGUGAAAUUAGGUGAAUCACAUUAUGUUUUGGUACAAUAUCUGCUAAAACAUUCUUCUAAAUGUUGCUAAAUGUUCAUGAGCAUUUCCUCUAUGUGUUUUGGGUUUCAUCAAUUUCAAAUUCACACAAAUAUCCUCAAUGCAUUGCCAAGAGAUAUUUUAUUAUUUUUUUAAACAAACCAAUACACAGUUGGGACCAGAUUGUUGUGUGGAAACCAUCAGCGUAACGGCUCAUCCCAAGAUAGAACGUUCAUGCCAGAAGUUCUGCCUCACUCUUUUAUUUUUAUUUUUUAAAUUAAAGAGUGAAAACGAAAUGCACACUAAUUCAUUUGCUCCCUGUUGUCUUUUAAAUAACAGCAGGUGUAUUUUGUAACAGAUUAUAUUGUAUAAGCAAAAACUGUAUAUGUGUGAUAAUAGAAGUAAUUAGGAAAAAAUCAUUAUGUGCUUAAUUGCUUUUUGUGUUUGU